AUGGGAGCUCACAAUAAUAUGAAAAAAAUACAAGCUUCAAUGGAAUUAGUACCGAGACAAGUUAAAACAGCUUUAACUGUGCUAGCAUCGCAGAAAUUUACACCUAGAAUAAUCAGUAUGCUGUUGCCUACUACGUUACGUGAAAUUGAGCGACUCGGUAAAACUUGUGUGACUUAUGCAAAUGCAACUCAUGUUAACUUCGUUACUGUCAUGAAUUUAAUUGGUGAGGUGAUUUCUAUGACAGAAACAGCAGGAAAAUCCUUUAUUGGUCGUCGAUCCGCAACUCAACCUGCAGUAUCAUUAUCUUCAGGGCAGACUUUAACAUUUGCCAAAUUAUUUUCGGAUGCUCUUAAUAAAGCUGUGCCAGGCAUUAAGAAAAUUAUCGAUAUAAAUAAUGAAACACAGUCAGAGUCGAAGAACCCUAUCAAAGAACUUGAAGCUUACAAAAUAACAUUCGAAACAUUUUUAUCAUCAGUUGCGGCGGGAAAAGCAGGUCAACUGAAGGAACAAGCUAGCGAAAGUAUACGAAAAGGUAUUAAUCUAGUAGAUCAAACCAUCAGUCGCAUGAAGAAGGUUUUUGCUAAUGG